AUGGAAUUCGUCAAGCCUAUUACAUCCGAUCAUGAUCUAAUUGAACUUGCCAAGCGUAUUGGGGUUCAUCUCGAUGAUAUAUUUGAGUCAAACGAGAUCACAAAGCCGCUUCCGAAGAAAGGAUCAUAUCUGAUCUUGCUACGACAACCCAACAUGGAUGUAGGACACUGGCAGGCUGUUCAUGAUGGAGAAUUCUUUGAUAGUAUGGGAGAGGCAGCUCCAACCAACGAUGUUCCAGUCGCCAAGCUGACUAAAGCCCUCAAGACAGGUAAGCUAAGUCUUACUGCAAGCCAACUCAAGGGUUCAGACUCUGUUAUCCACCUCCACCCAGCUUCAUAUGAGAAAGCACUAAAGGCUCGCAAGGUCGGUCGUGGUGUUAGACUUGACAUCACACGCCAUGAGAUUAAGAAAGGGUACAAGAAGCUCCAAGGAGGAUCCAUUUGGAGUAAAAUCAAAUCGGGGUUAUCGACAGCAUUCAAAUUCGUAAAAGAUAGUGGUUUGCUCAGCAAGGGUCUGGAUGCGGCAGUGCCUGCUAUUGCUACAGCAUUUGGAGCCCCUCAAGCAGGAAUGCCCGCAAGGGCGGCUAUUAAGUCAUUGACAGGAGUUGGAGUAUAUGACUCUGACAGUGAUGUAGAGAAAGAAGGUGGUCGUAUUUCGGUAGCGGAUGUUAAGAAGGCGGCGAAAAAUGCUCUCGGGUAUGCUAAACGUAAGGGGAUUCUAACUGAUGCAGUCGAUGCAGGCGAGAAGUUUCUACUAUCAAAAGCAACCAAGCCAGAGCAUGAGAACCUGAUCAAAUCGGUUCGAGGUGAGGUAAAGAGACGCUAUGGUGUAGGAGUCCCUAAGAAACCAGCUAAAGGUUCGCCCGAAAUGAAGGCUAAGAUGGCUGCACUCCGUGCUAAACGUAAGAAAGCAAUGAUUGCUGGCUCUUUUCGAUUAAAUUAG